AUGAAGGAGUACCUUUUGAUACAGCUUUUCCUGCUAUUCGUAUUACAAACAUUUGGACAAAAGACAAGAAAGACACAAAAAUCUUCGGAGCUCGAUGGAUUUGGAACGUUUGGUCUUUGCGAAAAUGAUUACGGCCAGUCGUAUUAUUUCAAAGAAUAUGAAGGACAAGAAAAUCUGUGCCUGAAAAACGUGGCGAAGGUGAAGUAUAGCAACCAAAUCAAUGAGACGGGAUGGGCAUACGUAGAAGUUGAAGUUUCUCCACGAGUUACCCAACCAUACAUGCAAGGAUAUGCAGCAGGAUUUGUAGAAGGUAAUUAA